AUAUAACAAAGAUGGCUUCUGGUCUCAAGAAUACCAUACCGUGAACUUGUUAAAGGAUCCUCAUGGAGCCACUUGUUUGCUUGGUUGUUCUCGUGUUAGCUAAAUCUUUAUUGUUAUCACAGUAUACACUUACUGCAGCAUCAAGCAACGAUACAGAAAGAUCAGCAUUGCUGGCAUUCAGAGAUCAAAUAACCAGUGAUCCUUCUGGUGUUCUAAAAGCAUGGAACAACUCCAUUCAUUUCUGCAAAUGGUAUGGAGUUACAUGUAGCCGCAAGCAUCCUGGGAGGGUUAUUGCUCUGGAUCUUGCUUCCAGGGGUAUGGCAGGUGCCAUCUCUCCUGCCGUUACCAACCUAACAUUCCUGCGGAAACUACUACUUAUGGAGAAUGGUUUCAAUGGUGACAUCCCACAAAACAUCGGCCACUUUCACCGUCUGCAACAACUCAACAUGAGCUUCAAUUCACUCUACGGUUCCAUUCCUGCCAGUCUAGCCAACUGCUCAGAGCUCAGAUUCAUCGACUUAAGCGCAAAUAAACUCACCGGGAUGAUUCCGGUUGAGCUCGGAUAUCUAUCAAAGCUUGAUCAGUUGGUGCUUGACAAUAAUAGCUUUGUAAGUGUUCUUCCAUCUUCUCUUGGAAACCUUUCUUCUCUCACAAUUCUUUCAAUAAAUUGUGGCGUAGGGAGUAGUUCAACGUCCUAUUGUUUGCAUGGCAACAUCCCAGAGGAGCUGGGAAACCUUGCAAAACUUAAGUUAAUCGAUGUCUCUGGAAACAUGCUUUCUGGAACAAUACCUCCAUCCUUGUUCAAUCUCUCAUUGCUGCAUACUUUUGCUGCUGGGAUUAAUCAGCUUCAUGGGAGCCUUCCACCAAGUAUAAGCACAACACUACCAUAUCUUGAAAACCUAAAGUUUGGCGGUAACAGCUUCACCGGACCAAUUCCAGUGUCACUUUCCAAUGCCUCAAGACUUGCUAUUGUUGAUCUCUCACAAAAUAAUUUCACUGGACAAAUUCCUCCUGACAUUGGAAGAGGUGGAAACAUAUGGUACAUUAAUUUAGAAAUCAAUCAGCUUGAGGCAAAUGAUGUCAGUGAUUGGAGGUUCAUGGGUUCUCUGACCAACUGCAGCAGUUUAAAGAUCUUGGCUCUUGAUGAUAACAAUUUGGGUGGUGCACUGCCAAGCUCCAUUGCCAACCUCUCCAAUGAAAUACAAAAAAUAUACAUGGGAGGCAACUAUAUAUCUGGGUCACUACCUUCAGGGAUUCAAAACCUUGCUAAUCUUUAUACACUGGAUAUGACCCUUAACCAACUCACUGAAACCAUUCCAGAAGGCAUUGGAAAACUCCAGAAUCUACAGUUCUUGGGCCUUUCUAGCAAUAAGAUCAUAGGCCACAUCCCAGCCUCCCUUGGAAACCUUACUCAAUUGGCAUCUCUCUAUCUAGAUGACAAUGAUUUGGAAGGUCCAAUCCCUUCAUCACUGGGGAGCAUCCAGAGACUGAAUGAAUUACAGCUGUCCAUGAAUAGACUCAAUGGCAGUGUACCAGUAGAGAUACUUAGCCUUUCCUACCUAUCCAAUUUUAUUAUGCUUUCUGACAACUUCUUGACUGGAUCCCUUCCUAUUGAGGUUGGCAGAUUGAGAAACAUAAGAACCCUCCUUCUGUCUCACAACAAGCUUUACGGUGAGAUCCCAACAACCAUCAGCGGCUGUGUGAGCUUAGAGGUGCUCGAGCUUGAUGAUAACAUGAUCCAAGGAACCAUUCCUCCAUCCUUGAGCAACAUAAGAGGGCUUCAGAUUCUUAAUCUUUCAAACAAUUCGUUAUCAGGAUCAAUACCUCAAUCUUUUGGCAGUAUGAAAGGCCUCCAAGAGCUGCUUCUUUCACACAAUAACUUGUCAGGGUCCAUACCAAAAGUCAUGGAGGACAUGACUGGUUUAAUAUACUUGGAACUCUCCUACAACAAUCUUCAGGGUGAGAUACCCAAGAAGGGCAUCUUUUCAAAUGCUUCUGCCAUCUCAGUCACUGGGAAUCCCGGCCUUUGUGGGGGUCUUUCACAAAUUCACUUGACUGCAUGCCCUCUCAAAACAUUUGAGAAGAGAACAAGGUGGCGGCUCUUGCUAACGGUUGGUACACCAAUUGCUUGCUUCAUCCUUUUUUCAUCCUUUGCUUUUCUUAUUUACAAAAGGCAGUCCAGGAAGAGGGCUUCAUCCGAAAUCUCCAUGAACUCUCAUUUCCCAAGAAUUACAUAUGGAGAUUUACUCAGGGCCACUGGUGGCUUCAGCGAUGAUAAUCUUGUUGGCAGGGGAAGACAUGGUUCGGUGUAUAAAGGAAUUCUGGAGAUUCUCAAUACUACUACUGUGGCUGUCAAGGUGUUCAACCUUGCAGAGCAGGGGGCAUCCAGGAGUUUCUCUUCGGAAUGCAAGGUGCUGCGAACAGUCCGGCAUCGCAACAUUAUCAAGGCCUUUACCUCCUGCUCCAGCAUUGAUUCCAGGGGCCAUGAUUUCAAAGCAUUGGUCUACGAGUUCAUGUCUAAUGGAAGUUUAGAGACAUGGUUACAUCCACAAACAGAGGAGGAGCAGCACAAGAGUCAAAGUUUAACUUUCAUCCACAGAUUGAGCAUAGCCAUAGACAUUGCUGAUGCGUUGGAGUACCUCCAUGAAGGUUGUCAACCACCAAUGGUGCAUUGUGAUAUCAAGCCUGGCAACAUCCUCCUUGACAAUGAGAUGGUUGCUCAUGUUGCAGAUUUCGGUCUAGCAAAAGUGCUCUCUGGUUCCUCUCGAGCAUCUUCACGUAGCUCCAUUGCUAUCAGGGGAUCCAUAGGAUAUGUUCCUCCAGAGUAUGGAGUUGGUGGUCAAGCGACCACUUCUGGAGAUGUGUACAGUUACGGAAUUCUUCUCCUUGAGAUGUUAACAGGGAAGAGGCCAGCUGACGACAUGUUUAAAAAUGGUCUGACACUCCGCAAACUGGUUGAGAUGCAAAUUUCUAGUGAAGGAUUCUUGAACAUAGUAGAUCCUCUAAUGCUGCCACAAAACCAUGCAAGUAAGGAGGAAGAGUGUUUUGUUUCUGUGGCACUGGUGGGUCUUUCAUGCUCAAUUGAUUCUCCUUAUGAGCGACCAAACAUCGCUGAGGUUGCAACAAAAAUGCAUGCUAUCAAAACUGGUAUAAAAAAUUAAACAUCAGAGAACUCCUUUCAGGGCUGCUCCUAAUACUGGUUAACCUGGAGAUGCCUAGGGUGUUUUUUUCUCCUUUAUGUUUGUGUGCUCUUUUGUGCUAGUCCUUUUUUUUAUUUCUAUUAAUGCUUUUUUAUGUCUGUUGUUUCACAGCUCCCACGUCUAGUGGAUUGUUUUGUUUUUUA